AUGUUAUACUCAUUUUCAGAUCCAGAACAUCAUUCCACAAAUAAAGGAUACUGCUUGCAAGAUAUAUCUAACAAUGUGAUUGACAAGGAAUCUUGGAAUCUCAGAGAUAUUUUAAGUUACGUGGAUGGUCAGGCAAAUGUGGAAGUGGAAGAAAAAAAUAUUCAAAAUAUGGAAGACGAUAGUCGUGGGGAUGAGAAUAGAAGGGAACCUAUGAAAAAUGAUGCAAAUCAAAUAAUAGAAGAAACAGAGAUUGUAGAAGAGGAGAAUGAAACUAAAGGGUAUGAGGAAGCAGAUCCAUAUGAAACAGUUGAAGGCCACACAAACAAAGGCGAAGAAAGAAAAAGAAAAAAAUACAAACUGUCCAAGGAAGUGAGAGCUGAAACUAAGAAAAACAAGGUAAUCUCGCUUCAUAAGGUCAGAGAAGGCUGUAUAAACUGA